AUCUCUGGUGGUAGUACUCAGUCGGAUGCUAGCACUACUUGCGUCACCAGCAGAUUUCUUUGAGUACAAUACGGUGUGGUCAAACGUACAUUAUGGAUUGGAUGACGUUAACCGUAGGCAUCCCUUGUUUAUCUCAUGUCCCGCUAGGCAUGUUCUACCGAGAUAAAUACUACAUUAGCGACGAAUGCUUGGCUUGCCUUAGCGAAAUUAACGCCAAAAUCAAUUGUGAGGAUCCAAAUACUCGUCCUCUUCGACGUGCCCUCAUCUUUAUGGACAUUUUGAAUAAGGAUCUUAUCCCUAUUUUGAUCCACGUGAAUCAACCUAGCAUUAUCCGUUCAACAGUCGAACUGCUUAUUUGGUUAACUAUACCCGUCGAUUGCCUGAUUCCCGCACGCGAGAUGCCCGCUGACAUCUCGAUGCCCAAGUUCAUGGUCCACGAGUUUACGCAAUUUCUCUGCAGUGCAAAAGCAGCGUUUUUGGACCCUAACGUUACCCAAGCUGUCGUUGAUCGCCUUUCAUUUUGUUUAACUCAUCAGCCAUUAACUACGAGAAAUUGCGAAUUCAUCAACUAUUUGCUUUUGCUCAUCCGUAACGUCCUGUAUGCUCCUGAACGACAUAUCAAUAUUACGGAAACUGAAGAACGUAUGCACCCUGUGGGACACGACACUGCGUCUGAUGGCUCGCAGCAAAGGCGACUCAUUUGGGUCUUAUUCGCACAAGGAUUUGACCAAAUUCUCAUCAGUUUGCUGACAUAUUCGCAAAAGGGCGAAUGGGUCAUGACAAUCGUUCAACUCAUUGCUCUCCUCUACCAGCGGCAUCCAGCAGACAAGAUGCAAAAACUGUUGGACAGGAAGGCAAAUACAAACUGUUCAUCUAAAGAUGAUGACGCGAGCAACACUUGCCAAUAUUUCGACUCGACCAAUUCCACUAUUACCGGUUCUUCAGCAGCAGAAGACAUUGGUUUAAGGUUUGCCAAUUGCCCCGAAACAUCACGAAAAUAUGAUCCUUCGGUACCAAUGCAAGAUAAUGAUAGAAAUGGAGUGAAUGUUCAACGGAUCUCAAAAGGAAAAGAGGAAAAAAAAUCGAAAGGAACGAGUCACAAGCAAAAGCAGAACAAACACGGUAAAUCGCACCACUUCAAAACGAAGAUUAAAUGCGAUCCGUCGGAGGAAGACGUGUCGCAGCUUCUGGUAGAAUUCAUCCAAAUUUUUUUGCAAAAUGGUUUCAACGCCUUAGUGGGCGAACUACACCAAAAACUGAUUCAACAGGAUGUUCUAGUUCAUUCGGAAAAGUCAUUCUUCUUAUGGCUCAUCACUUAUUUCAUGCGCUUCGCGCCACAAUUAAAACUGGAUGAAAAGUACUUGAAAAAUGUUUUCGUUAUUGAUCUUCUUUGCCAUCUGACGUGGGAUGCGAUUCAUCAGACUGAAGAAUUUGAAGUAAAGUCACUACAACCGUCACUCGAUCUAAACCCGUUUUUGCGACGUCUGCAUCUAGGAAUAACUGCCAUCAGCGAAUUCCUUCAAGCAUUGGACGCAUAUUGUACUCUGGCUGAAUCGAAGCAAACAAUUGGCAACUCAAGAGAAAAUAAAAAACAAUCAAACAUUUUCCAACUACGGGAAUACUUGCUAGCCAUUAAUGAUCUUCGUCAACUCUUUUUGCUCCGACUACGUUUGUUCAACCCUAUCAACCAGAGUCGGCGAUAUCUCUGUGAAAUCAUCAAAGCUAACCACAUCCUUUUGCUUUCCCUUGAACGUGCUACCAAGCUGUCGGCGUCACAAAAGAGCUUUGAUAUUUCUGAGCAUUUAAAACAAUUUUGUUGCAGGACGAUAAUGGCUCGAUAUGGAACUGCCCUCAGAGAUUUUAAGACAAACGGCCCUUUUGUCAACGAUUCCAUUUUUACGGUAUUGCAUCACGUCGGUAUUGAUCUAGGUCAAGUUGAUCUCUUGUGCGAUCCUGUUAUCUUACACAAUUUCAGCCAAAUUUGGGCUUGCGAAUUCAAGUUGUGUGAAGAUUGGGAAGAUCUUAUCGAAUACGUUGUACAGAAAUUUAUGCAAGACUACCGGACUAAGACCGACGGCUUCGAUGAGGGGUCGGUCCCCAGGAUCCCUGAUCAAAUGCAGGAUAAGCAAAUAUCCUUAUACAACCAUACAGAGUCGACUGCUUGCGAAAAUCCUUCUUUUACAGAAGCAGAGCUGGCCGAGAUUCAAAUCCUAAAAACCCAGCUUGUGGCUUCUGGAUUUCAGCAACAGUUAUGUUGGAUUCAGAAAUCUUUAUUGGUAGCCUGCUCCGCCCGUUUGGGUACGUACGUUAAUGAAGAAUUCCGCAAUCCAGUUGCAUGUCUGAGUCUUAAAAUGAGAUUGCCCUGCCCCAUAAUUCCAUGGACGGAAGUCCAAGCAUCAGCUCUUAAUUCCAAUCUUUUCAGACUUCUUUUGCAUCGGAUAGGCCUUCAAACAUCCGUCGCUCAGACUGUCCCUUUUCCGCGAAUUCCGUUUGCAUGGUCGGCGGAAACUUUAUACCGCGCUGCUCUAUUUCUUGGUCCCGUUGACAGUCAGAAUAUCGACUUUGACUUGCAGUGUCUCACUAAAGUUGAACUACAAGUCCCGCCCUGUCACAUUAAUUCGCCUGCCGAUGGUUAAUUUUGAGUGAGAUGUAAGUUAAACACUAUCCAAUAUGGUGAGUAGGAUACCCAGCAACGUAGUAGGCGAUUCCCUACAGGUCUUCAGUUAAUUACACUCCAUGAUCCCAAAGUUGUUUUACUCGAAAUGAUACUCCCAUUAAGUUUGUAAAUUUUUUUCAGACCAUGUCGGUAUUUUCAAGCAUUUGUUGUGGAUUAUAUGGUAAAAUUAGUUAUAUGAUGUUUGUUGUCUGUUGGGAAAUGUUUUGACGUCACUGAUAACCUCGUAUAUAGCCUCACAGUCUAAUGCUCACGAGAUUCACGUGUUUUCUUCUUCCUCGACCCUUUGUAACGUGACUAUACUAAAAUCAAUUGAUCAUUUUGAAAAUCAUCAUUAGUCUAAACGUGAUUCUAUCGGAAUACGAAUUCCAUUCUCAAAUCUUUAUGCAAUGAGUUGUGGUAGGUGUUGUGGUAGGCCGUAAAAAUCCAUUUCCAGUU